UGCAGACACCUGGUGUGAACACUUAGACCACGUUUGGCUUUCAUUUAUUCCUGAAAAUGUUUAAUUGCUUCAACCAAGUCAAUGCAUGUAGAAAAAAAAGAAAGAUGUUUCUUAAACUGCGAGCUAGCGAGAAAUUUCUGGACCUCCACUUGACCACUGGUCUCCAUGAUUGGGACAUGAAUGAGGAGAUCAACCUGACCACAACCACAGACCAGUUUUAUCAGGAUGAGAAGAGGAAUGAACAGUAUUUGGCACAAUGGCAUUAUGCCCGAAUCUCCAGAAGAACUUUACCUGAAGAACUUCACCAGAAAAACCCUGCUGGGGGGAAAGCUGUAGUACAGCCAAAUCUGUGGUUGAUGGUGAACCCCUGUCUGGCCUGCCCAAUCAAAUACCCGGUGAGAGACAAAAAAACAGCGUUUCAAAAGCUAACAACUGAGAGAUCUGCGUCAGGUCCUGCCCCUGCUGCACCCGGACAGGACCUGCAUCUUUUGUCGUUGUCUGAUGAAACCUGUCUGGAUGAAUCGCUGCAUGACGCAUCGCUGUCGAGUGAAUAUCAGCACUUUAUAGAAGCAACACUCGUUUUGUCAUUCAAGCUCACAGACGACGACGCUUCCUCUGAGGACGUGGCGAUCUGCCGGAAGACAAAAUCUACCCGGAGGGGUCGUGCCCCCAAGGAGGCUUCGUCGCACAGGCUGGGCCUGGCUCAGAGCAGGAGGCUGCAGAGGGUCCUUCAGGACAGCCGCAACCUGAAGAGCGGUGCAUGGCCUCGGCCUCCUGUCAACUACUGCAUCCUCAUAGCCAUGGCGCUGAGCAGCAGCCGCUCCGGCAGUCUGAACGUCCAGCAGAUCUACAACUUUACCAGAGAGCACUUCCCUUUCUUCCUAACGGCGCCCGACGGCUGGAAAAACACCAUCCGCCACAACCUGUGUUUCAGCAACAGCUUCAGAAAGACGCCGCAGCAGGUGAACGGCGAUGGGAAGAGGAAGUCCUGCCUGUGGCACCUGACGCUGGAAGGUCGCAGGAGACUGAGGAACGAGAUCCACACGCUCACGGGCGACUCGUUCCGAAUGCUGAAGAGGAGCAUGAACUACCCAGAUAUGAUCCAAGCACUAUUUGAGUUGUGAUCCAUCUCCUAUCUCAGCAGCCGGAAAGAUGAAAAAAGAAAUAAUUUGGGCACUUUUUUGUGAUUGUGUGCACUUGGUUUGUUUCUCAUUUUGUUGUGUGUAAUAUUUCUAACUUGCUGUGUCACUUAUGCUUUAUGUAUGUAUUUGUCUUGAAAAAAAAUACACAAUUAUCAGCA